AGACCAAAGAGGAAAAGUGUUCUCCAUUUGCGCCAUUCAAAACCCUAGCUCUGCUUUGCAUCAGAGCAUCUCACCCAUUGAUCCCUUGAGAAACCCUAGCUCCAAAUCUCAUUCGCUCUCCUCAUCCGCCUUAAUCCCACAGGCGUCAUCCACAUUUGAGCUCGUCUCAGUUGAGAUUGGGCUCUCAGUUCUUCGUAGGUCGUGGAAAGAUUGGAGUUUUGCAAUUGUUUGAUUGGGAAUGGAUAAAUUGUUGGAGUUUGGAAGAAGAGCUAUGUUCUUGGUUAGGGUUCUAUCAGGAUACGAAGAACGAAGGAUUAGGUCUUAUCGAUUGCAGCUCCAGAAACAAAUUGAACAGUCACAAGCAAGGAAAAUGGAACUGAGAAAGAUACCUGAACAGGCUAUUCUCUCGGAAGUUCGUCGUAUGGUUGAGGAGAUGCAAGCUCUCAACCGCAAACUGGAAGAAACGGAAGCUGCCAUCGAAGAUUACUUCAAACCAAUUGACAAGAAUGCGGAGAUCAUAAUGAACAUGCAAAUCGAGAAAGAGGAGAAACAAAUGCAGGAGAUGCUCAAGACAAUGCAAGAACAAGCCAUGAUACAGAAAGAAAUGGCAGAGAAAAAAAAUACUAUCUCUAAAAGCAACCAAGCUCCAGAAAUUGCAUCCACUCCUUCAAACUUGGAAAAGAGCAAUUGAGAUCUUCCACCACAAUUUACAUCAAGCUUUCCCGGCU